UUUUCCUUCGCAAUCUGGGUUGCCAAAAAAUUUCAUUUUCGUUUUCCCUCGGAAGAUCAAUAAAGAAAAAGAAUUGGUCAACCAAAGAAAAGAAACAAAGUUGGAUUCUCCACAGCCUCUCCCAAGAGGUUGUGAAAUUCAAAACAACACAAACCUUUUGGGGUUUGGUCUGUGCAUCCAAAAUCUUUUCACCCAAAUUUAAUCUCAAAUUCUUUUAUCUUUUUCGAAUAAUCGAUGUCAAUUAAUGAUUUUGCCUCCAUUAGCUCCUAAUGUUAUAAAACUCAGGAACAGGUUUAGUUUCUUUGGUCAUCUUUUUGUACCUUGUAUCAUUCCAAAAUGGCUGAUUAUUCACCGGACAAAAAGUCGGGAUGUGUUGCAAUGAUAUAUGGCGGAUUAUUCCGCCAACGUUGUUUCUGGCCAAGGAGAUCAGCGUCAACAAGCUCAAUUCCUACUCAUGGCAACAAUGGUAUUCAAAGCAUAAAUUCAAAGAGAAGGCGGGGCUCGGAUGAGAGAGCAUUCUUGGACGACACAAAUUUAAGUGAAUACCCACAACGGAAUGAUCAAAGUCCUAUGAUGAAUGUUGCUACCAAGACCCCUCCUUCAUAUCAAGAACACGGUAGAAAAGUUUCGAAUGCACCAAUUGCGAAUUCAAAAGUUGGUUUGAGCAAUGAUCAUCAACAAUCCAAUGGGCUAGUUCGAGCUUCAUCAAGUAAUGUAAUGCUCUUUGGUAACUUGGGUAAUUUAAGACAACCUGCUGGACAUGGUACUUCAAAUCCGCGGGUAUCCAAUUCAAGUGUUCUUGAUUACCUUCCUAUGACAGCUAGUGAGAUGGGUUUAAAUUCAAAUGGAAAUUAUGGCAAUGCUUAUGGUACUAAUGGUGGUAAUGGUAAUGGUAAUGGUACUGGUAAUGGUAACGCAUAUAACAAGAACGGCAAUGUAAAGGUUUCCCGCAACAAUGUUAAGGAGAAAGACAAUGAAGAAUCCGAAGAAGACGUUGGACCACUAUGCAGGGCUUUAUCAACAAGAUUGGAUCCUGAAACAUUGAAGGCUAUGGGAAAUGAGGAGUAUAAGCAAGGAAACUUUGCGGAGGCUUUGGCUUUCUAUGACAGGGCAAUUGGGUUAGACCCUGAUAUGGCUUCUUAUAGGAGCAAUAAAAGUGCGGCAUUAACGGGUUUGGGUCGUCUUCUUGAAGCUGUUUUUGAAUGUAGAGAAGCAAUCAAGAUCGAUCCUACUUACCGUAGAGCUCAUUAUCGUUUGGCAACACUAUGCCUAAGAUUGGGAGAAGCAGAAAAAUCUUUGUACCAUUAUAAGCAAUCAGGACAUGAAGCUGAUCCUAGUGAUAUUUCUAAAGCUAAGAAUCUCCAAAUCUAUUUAAGCAAAUGCACUGAAGCACGAAAAUUGAGGGAUUGGCAAACCGUGAUAAAAGAAAGCAGUUCCGCGAUUUCAUCUGGUGCAGAUUCAGCUCUACAGGUUUUUGCGUUGAAAGCUGAGUCCCUAUUAAAGCUUCAUAGGCAUGAAGAUGCAGACAUAGAGCUUUCAAAGGCACCCAGAUUUGGCAUUCAUGAUUGUACGAAGUUCUUUGGACCCGUCGGCAAUGCAAAUUUGUUAGUAACUCGAACACAAGUUGAUGUGGCAUUGGGAAGGUUUGAGGAAGCUGUGGCGACAGCUCAACGUGCAGCUCAACUAGACUCAACUAACAAGGAUGUGAAUUCAACGCUGAGAAAAGCCCAAGCACUGGCAUCAGCUCGAUCGAAUGGGAAUGAGCUGUUCAAGGCAUCAAAGUUCUUAGAUGCGUGCGUAGCAUAUAGCGAAGGACUGGAACAAGACUCCUUCAACUCAGUUUUAUUGUGUAACAGAGCCGCUUGCCGAUCUAAACUAGGACAAUUUGAAAAGGCCGUCGAAGAUUGUAGCAACGCUCUUAAUGUUCGUCCUUCUUACAGCAAAGCUAGGUUAAGAAGAGCUGAUUGUAACGCUAAGUUGGGACGUUGGGAAGCUUCCGCACAAGAUUACGAGAUUCUAAGGAAAGAGAUGCCGACUGACGAAGAGGUGGCUCGAGGACAGUUAGAGGCCCAAGCCAAUUUAAAGAAAUCUCAUUCCGAACAACGACAAACACAACCUGACGGACACCACUCAAAAAAUGCGAAGUCGGAUAGUAAUCUUGCAGUUGUCAAGGACACCGACCACUUCAGGCACUUUGUGACGUCGCCAGGGAUAUCUGUGGUGUUGUUCUGCAACAAAUCGAGCGAUCAAAAAGCAUUGGUUCUUAUGGAACAACUUAGCAAGAGACACCAAUCUCUAAGCUUUAUCAAGGUGGAGGUUGAAAAACAUCCAAAACUAUCCAAGUCCGAGGGAGUGAAUUCUAUUCCAGUUUUCAGGAUGUACAAGAAUGGUUCCAGAAUAAAAGAAAUCCCCGGAACUAGCCUUGAAUUGUUAGAGAGCACAGUUAAAUUUUAUACAACAUAUUGAACAAAACCAAACAGGAAACCAAGUGUAUGCUCGGAAAUUCUUCAUUAUCACCAUCAUAUCACUCGUCCACCUUCCAAGACUGAAAGUAAAGAAGACGACUAGAAACUAAGCAUAAACGGAAUAUCACUUAUCAGACAAUACUAAUAGCCAGAUGAUCUUCUUCAUUCACGGAUAUGAUGUGACAAAACAUCUAAGUUAGGAUCAAUUUGAAAGAAAAUUUUGAGGGUGUCAUUUUGUAUAUUUUAUAACAAUAUAUGUAAAAUAUUCUUCAAUUUUGUAUACAUAUAUGUUUUUCCUUUCUUUGUAUAUUUACUAAUUUGUGUAUUCGAGAUCACAAUUUUUUUCCUUUAA